CAGUUAUUCUUUUUGGUUUAGACGUGUGGUGUGCUGAUGUUGAAUUCACCGAAAAAUAUUUGUUACUUUUGUCAAAGAAGGUGUAGAUUCCAUAUUUUUCUGAAUAGUGACGAAAACUUUACCUGUUAGCGUGAUUUUGAAUGCCAAGUCGUAGUUCUAAUUCCCUCUUUGCAAACUCACCCUGAAGAAGAACCAUCUGCUUCACAGGCGUUUUCCUUUCAAGUUAAAAAGCUUCGUGUAAAAAAGACAAACGAGCAAAAAACAAACAUGACAAAAUCAAGAAGCCGGAGUCGAUCGAAGUCGCGUGACCGAGUCCGAAGAAGCAAACACAAAAGGCGUUCUAGAUCUCGAUCUCGAUCGAGGAAAAACGAAAAACAUCGAAUGCCUACUGCUCGCAAGCAGUCAUCAGAAAACAAAUACAGGAAGAGGUCGAGGUCAUCGUCUUCCUCCAAUAGCGAUUCUGAUGCUGGUUCCAGGAGAUCAAAACUUGGCCGAAGUAAACUCAGUGAAGUGGAGAGACUCGCUGAAAUUGAACGCCAAAGAGCAGCGCAAAAUGCAAGAGUCAUGCGUCAAAAGGAACAGGAACAAAAGAUAGUUGAAGAGGAAACUGUCAAAAGAAUCGAGGAAAUGGUGGCUCAACGAGUGGCGGAAGAAUUGGAGAAGCGGAAGGACGAAAUUGAAACCGAAGUCUUACGCCGCGUUGAGGAAGCCAAACAGAUAAUGGAACGCCAAAUGCUGGAGGAGCUAGAAAGGCGGCGUAAAGAGAGGCUGGAAGAAGAAAACCGCCGCGAGGAAGAGGAAAGGCGCAAACGCGAAGAGCUCGAAAGGAUCGUCGAAGAGAAUAACAAGAAAAUUGAGGAAGCCCAGCGUAAACUCGCGGAGGAACGUUUGGCCAUGGUGGAGCAAUCGAGGAAAAUGGAGGAGGAUCGACAGAGGAUGCAGCGUGAGCAUGAGAAGCGAAUGCGUGACGAACAGUACUUGAUCUUGGGCAAAAAGAAUGCACGACCCAAAUUAUCCUUCUCGCUUAGUAAACAAUGAAAACGGAUCACGGGUAUCCAAACAACCAAAAUCAUUUUUUCUAUUUCUUUUCGCUUCAUGCUCUGCUGUACAAAUUCUCGUUUUCGAUAGCUCUAUGAUACCUUCAUUUCAGUCGACUACCAUCAUAAAUUGACCCGUUUUUUUUUUUAAUCUUUCAUGAUAUGUAGCUAUUAGUACAUGCUCUCAUGUUGUGCUUUUUCUGUAUUAUCGUCACGUCGACUUUUUCAUCAAUAUUACAGUAAUGGUUAAACGAG